AUGUCUUCCAACGAUGGCUGUAAUCGAAGUUUCGAACAUGUGAUGGAGUGCGAUGACAGUAUGAGGAAACAAGCGGAACGAAAUCGUACAGUGGAUAGCCCUUUGGGCCAACUUGAUCCAUCCAGAAUCACUCACAUGGUUGUUGAUCAAGUCGGCCUUUGUGGUCCAACUGCCAACCCAGAUAAUGAUGGGUUCGUGGUUCCAGGCCCACCUUAUCAGCAGUGGCCACGAUCUUCACCCGCUGCAAGUCCUUCUGUUAUGUCCUCACCAUCUAAAGUCAUGGACAGUUGUGGGCAAAUGCAACCGCGCAUAAGUACGCCGACGAAUAUGAUGCAUAUGCAGCAAGGUGCCAUUGGAAGUCCAUCGAUCUGCAGUGCACCAAUGACACCACAGCAGAUGGUCCAGCAACAACAGCAGCAAGGAAUGAUGCAAGGACAACCCACCCCAACAGGACAAUUUGACCAGAGCGGGGGAUUCACUCCACAGCACCAGCAAAUGCCACAAGGCUAUCCACAAGGAUUGACAGAAAGUUCAGGUGCUAUACACAUGCAGCAACAAAUUAUGGUUGGAGGAGGUGGACCAGGUGACGGCUCACCGGGUAUGUAUGCUAGACAGCAGCAGCAGCAGCAACAACAACAACAACAAAUGAUGAGUCAACAACAACAGAUGCAGCAGCAGCAAAUGAUGGGACAGCAGCAGAUGAUGAUGUCACAACAAAUGGGUGUAAUGGGCGGUAAUCCUCAGCAGUACUAUCAACAGCAAAAUCCGCAGUGGGCCCAGCAACAGCAGCAGAUGCAACAGGCACAUUUUGCACGUCAACCGCAAAUGAUGGGAACAGCUCCAGUCCAGAGAGUGAUGAUACAACGCGUACCGUAUCCCCCGGGCACAGAUCAUUUGCAAAAGUUUGAUCUCGGGCGGGCUCGAACCGCCGGCCUUCUGUGUGUUAGACAGAUGUGA